AUGGGCUGGGCUUGCCGAAGCCGAAAGUGCGGGGCAGGCCAAGGGGGAACCAGAAUUGCCAGACCCGGGGACGGGGGACCGGGCGGACUCCAACGUCUCGUUUUUUCUUGCAACGCCUUGUUCAAGCGGCACGCGUCCCCUCCGAGGGUAGCCGCGCAAGGCCAGCGUCGUGUCGUGUCGUGUAUUGUGCAUCCAGCUCGUCGUCUCGUCGGGAGUCGUUACCCGAGGUACUGCGUGCUUCGCAGCGCAAUCCCUGUCACGGCUCACCAGUCAAGGGGCCCAGGGAGUGAGUCCUGUAUUCUCAGUGAAUGA